AUGGCAUCCUACCUAGUUACCGGCAGCACUCGUGGAAUCGGCUUCGAAUUGGUCCGCCAAUUAUCAGAAAAGUCCCCCUCAGAAGUCAGUACCAUCAUUGCCACCUCCCGAUCGGUCAAUGCCUCCCUGCAGGACCUAGCAGACCGGCAUCCCGGCCGGGUCGUGCUUGUUCCCUUGGAUGUUACGGUCCCCGAGUCCAUCCAGAAGGCCGCCCAGACCGUGGAGAGCAUCAUGGGCGACAAGGGACUUGAUGUGCUCAUUAACAAUGCCGGCAUCGGCGGACCUGGAAGACACUUUCCGGGUCAACGUGACCGGUCCACAUAUCAUCACCCAGAACUUUUUGCCGGUAUUGCGAAAGGGCUCUAUGAAGAAGAUCGUCAACAUGUAAUGCCUCUUGACCCGAAACCGACCGUGUUGAAGCCUGACUCGCAUCCUCCAGUUCCAGCAGCGUCGGCUCCAUUGCAAAGCAGUCCGUUUACCGGGAGCUGCCUGCCCCCUCCUAUAAAAUCACCAAGGCCGCCUUGA